AUGCUGAGCUUCCCGCUGCAUGGUCCUCCAAUGAGGCUGUGUAUGGGCCUUGCCUAUAUCCUCUCUCUCUGGAAUGCAGUGUCUGGUCUUAAAGGAGAAGGCAAGAAAGAUAAGGAAUUGGCCCUGCUACCUGCAGCUGAGUCUGCCUUCAGAGAAAAAAAGACGGUGAAGGGGGUAGAGGUCCUUGCAACUACAGAACUCCCAGCAAGGUCAGUUGAUCUGUCUGCACUCAACCUGACAGAGCUUGUGAAUGGGAUGCUCAGUAGGGCUUUAAAAGAUAGCAAGCAAUUCUUCUCCGUGCUUAGCAUCACUUCUUACAGUUCAUUUGCCUUUCAUAAGGUUUCCGUGGCCAUCUACAACAUUUCCAACCCAAAGACAGUUGACCCAGCCAAAUUCCCUACCAGGUAUUGCUACUGUUUGAGCAACAGGACCAAUGACUUAUCAGAUUUCACAGCGUUGCUGGUGGACGUUGUUGGAAAUUCUACGAGCUACCUCACUGAGAUUUUUAAAUCAACCUCCAUCCUCUCUGUGAGUCAGACCAAUGAAUCAGACUGUGUCUUCAUCUGUGUGAUGGUGGGAAAGUCAGGAAGGAAUCUUUCUGACUUCUGGGAAAUGGUGGAGAAAUCCCCUGUUAUCAACUACACAUUUACUAGUGGUGUGUCCAGUGCUUUGGGAGCAACUACCAGGGGAACAGUAAGGACUUCAAGGCUCACAACUCAAAGCCAACAUUCACUUCUAAGAUCAUAUACUACACGCUGGACCACACAAUGGGUAUCUGCUCUGAAGACCUUCCCCUGGACAAAGACAACUACUCCUUCAGAGAAAGAGGUGACAGAAAAUGAACAGAUGUUUCCAGAGCUUCCUGUUGAGUCCAUAGGCACACGGAGUAGUGUCCCGACCUCAAGGAACAUGACCAGAACACCAUGGGUGACACGUAGAUCCACACAAGCACCUACUGUCUUGUCUGGAUCCAUGUCUGUGCCACUGACUGUGGAUGAUAGCACACCUGGAGGGCCACCCUCCACAUCAGCCUCCACUGAAGAUGCCCAGGAGCUCAGCAGCACAGAAAGCCAGUUGCAUCCUACUGGGAUACUGACCACACCCAGCAGACUAGCACAGCCCAGCAUAGUCUCAGGAACACUCAUGCCUGGAACACAGACUACAAAUCCAACUAAAGCACCAGCUCCUAGAGUCCCACAGACAGAUGGUAUUCCUGCAGGGUGGCCAAUCACCCCUGAGAAAGAGCCAGCCCGGGUCCCAGCAACCCAUCACGUUUCAAACUGUCCUCGGCCACUCCCCAAAGAAGAGGCCAUUACAGAUACUCCUCUGCCUCUGACCAUGAAGAAACUCAAUCCAUGCCUGAUGGAACUGUGCCGCUUCUUCCAGCAAUGCCUCUGCUCAGUCCGAAAGCGGGAUUUCAGUUCAGAAGCCACCAGGUAUUGUGUGGAAUACUAUUCUUGGUUUUUGAAGAAUGCUACACUGAUCUGUCAGAAGAUAAAGAGAGUAUCCCAUUCUCAAACCUUGAAGCAAAAGUGUCUUGAGAAUGUCUGCAGGUCUGUGUAAGCCUGUAACAGCACCUUCAAGUCUGUGUAAGCAUGUAACAGCAACUUCAAGUUGUGUAAGCAUGUAACAGCACCUUCAAGUCUGUGUAAGCAUGUAACAGCAACUUCAAGUCUGUGUAAGCAUGUAACAGUACCUUCAAUCUGUGUAAGCAUGUAACAGCACCUUCAAGUCUGUGUAAGCAUGUAACAACACCUUCAAGUCUGUGUAAGCAUGUAACAGCACCUUCAAGUCUGUGUAAGCAUGUAACAGCACCUUCAAGUCUGUGUAAGCCUGUAACAGCACCUUCAAGUCUGUGUAAGCUUGUAACAGCAACUUCUGGCACCAAACCUUCGCCCUGGUUUUGUUUCCAGCUCGGCUGUAGUUUUCAGAAUCCAGGCACGCUCCAGCCAAGUCAUCUGUAGAAGGGAAGGGUUUCUCUUUGGAAGCAGAGAGCGUUUAUCUCCUGUCAAUCUGUAUAAUGCACCAAAGGCUGAAGCAUUACAAUCAGUGGAGUACACCAGGCUUCUCUGCCUGCUUCAGAGCAAAGGAAACCUAUGAUCUGGGUUUGGUAACCUACCAUUAUGCCGGCAGCAGUCCUGAUACCAGGAAGACUUGGUUGUAGGCUUCAUAUCAAUGUGCACACAGCAUAUAAGAGAAUAAAUUGAACAAACUUGAUGCACUCCAGAGAGCUCUCAACAUGGCACUGUGCAACUGAGGACUACUUGGCUACAUACAACAAGUCAGACUUACAGUUCUACAGCAUCAAGAUUUUCUUCCAAAUUCCAAAAGAGGAGGUGAUGGAAACAUUUCCUGUGAGCUUGGAGAUGUGGAGAUCUUGACUUCCCUCUUAUCUGGACUUCCCUUUUGCAUGCCCCACUCUGUUCUGGCAUCCUCUAGAAAACCCUGGGGCUCAGACACUCAGUAGACAGACUCAGAAAAACUGACAUAUUCACACUGUGUAUCAUAGAAAAAGACAGGUAAAGAAGCUUCCAGAAGAGCUCAGGCAUGAGUUUCUUGUUCUUGACAUUUGUUUGCAUAUGCAGACAUUACACAUCACUCUCGAGCAAUAAUACAGGAUAAUGCAUACUAUAUAUAUAUAUGGAUAAUACAUAAUGCAUAUGGAGUGUUGCCAACACAGAAGCUCAUGAACCUAGGUGUCUGGUCAUUUAAGUAUGGGGUGACUGAAGGGCUGUAUUUGAAUACUCAGUCUCCAGAAGUUAAGUUGACACUGCAUGGCCCAAGGCCCUCAUUAUAAGUCACAUGGUUAUGUAAACCUCAUAUGCAACCUGGUGUUUAUUAUGUAAAGAUGCUCCUUUUGAAUUAUUCCAAGACUUUAUGAGUGAUUUCUUGGGAGCUGGGGGUCAGACUUCCUUUGAAUAUCUGCUACCUGCUGAACCAGAGUUUUCUGCACACCCACAAAUUAAAAAGGCCCCUUAAUUUUAUCAUGUCCCCUUUCCCUAUUCCUAGUCUUCUGAUUUCCCUGUAAAUGCACAGUUCUGUACAAAGCACAACCAAGUAGCUUUGCUUUCUUCAAUAGGCCUAUGGAGAAGCCUUUGCUCUUCACUGCCAAGGACAGUUUUACUCCUGGUGUGCUAUGGUCCUACUCUGUAGGUCUCUGCCUAAAGCAGUCUUUAUUUUCAUAAUUCAAAAACUAAACUGUCCUUUCUUCCAGAAGAUAGUUGGAUAUCCUGAUGCUUUGUGUGAACAAGAAGAUGCUCAGGAUAUAGAGCUCAGACUUGGUCAGAGAAGCAGCAUGUGUACUCUCAUCCAGAUAGACGAAAGGUUCAUUUUUAGUCUGAACACUUGAGAGACUUUUCUAAUUACAUGGUUGUCAAGUUCAUUAGUACCUGUUGUUAUGAUUUGGGGGGUUACAAAAUGACCUUUGAGUUUGUAAAGAUGAGGUAAUUGAAGCCAGUAUUCUAAGAAGCAAAAAGAAUCCUGACCUCAAUAGGAGUCAAAAAGAUGUCCCUUUUAGUUUGUGUAAGUGAAUUCCUCUGAGCAAUUUUUUAAUGGACAAAGUUCAUAUCAAUUAAAGGCUUUUGGCAGGAAAGAGUAACAGGCCCUGAGACCUUAGCACAAUUGACGCCAUGUUAGAGGCAGCAUUCUGACCUUAGAACCCAGCAAUGUAGACCCCACUACCUGCCAAAAUGGGAGAUUGGUUUUAAUCCAUUAAAAAAGACCUAGGCCAGGAUCUGUGGAAGCAUCUAAAUAUAAUAACCUUGCUUUUUGACUUCUGUAGUUUCCUCACAUUGGUGUGUCAACCAAUGUGUAGUAUUUGUGCACAAAAGACAAGGAACAAUAAAGCUCAGGACUUCACAUUUUGGGCAAAUUCUCGCAUGCUUGUUAUAAGCUGGCAAAACAGAUUUUUUAAAUUCAGCUUUUAGAUUGUCUAUUUAUACUCUGGUUGAAUUAUCUCACAAAAAGAUGACCAAAGUUCUCCAGAAAGCAACUUAUCUCCUAGGAUAGGCUAGCAGCUCAAGCCUACAUGAAAGGCUAUUUUCUUGAGGCGAGUCCAUGUGGAGUCAACUACUCUGCUUAUUGAGAAUAUUAACCAACUAUGACUAUACUUUGAAAAGGCUCAAAUGCGGAGUACUUAUGAAGUUCAUGUAAGGAUCUGAUAGAGAAUUUCAACAAGAGCUCAGAGGUCCAUAUGGGACUAGUUCUCUACAGUCAUAACUCCUAUGUAACAGAUCAAAUGUGGAAAGGACAUAAAGGCUACAUGCAAACUACCUGCCCAAUGGUGGAGUCUGCUUGUCUCCCAGAGCCUAAGAAAGACUUCAGACAAGACUUAUGUGACAGGGAAAAAGAGUAACAAGCCUUGGGAGAUGACACAUAACUGGGAUAAUUCAUGGAUAUAUGGCUACCAGCGCUUGACUGUUUAGGUAAACUGGAUGGGACAUUUGUAUGUCCCAGAUGCCAAGAAGACUGUAGUUAACUGGGCAACUUUAUUAAACUAUACUCUUCCUGGAAGGAAAGGGAGGAACUUUUCUAUAUAUUCCAUGCUCAAAAGAUAAAGCUAGGCUAGCAAAAGAAAGAGUGGAGGAGAAGAUAAAAGAAAGUAGUAGAAGGGGGGUAUAGAAGGGUUUAGAGAGACAGAGAGAGAGACAGAGACAGAGACAAAGAUAGAGACAGUUAGAGACAGAGACAGAGAGACAAAGAGAAGGGGAGAGAGAGGAAAAAGCAUGUCUGUGCAUUUCAGUCCCAGAGAGUGUCUCUGUAUAAUUGCAUGUAUUUUCCUCCUUCUGCAAAGUUUAGUUCUGGGCUUAUGUAAGUAAGGAAUUAAGCUGCCUUCAUAGUGGAAUCUGUCAUUAAACUCUGUCUUCUUCUGUCUGUGUUUCUGGGAAAACUUACCUUUCACUCUAUUCUACCAUAAGAAAAUAGAAAGCUUUGGCUCUAGACAAUAUUUAGCAUUUUGGAAAGAUCUAGUUAUGUUGUUUAGAGGGUGUGGUGGGGAUUGUUACAGGCAUCCAGUAGGUGCAUGGGCAAUCUUUCAAUGCCCAAGACAUUGCCCAAGGAAAAAAAUCCUUUGACCAAGAGUAUCAAUAACAGAUUCUAAAAUACAUUCUUUGUGUUAAGUAUAUUUACCCACUUGUGGAAAACUUACCUGAUAGAAAAUCUUAAAUAGGAACAAUUUGUUUAAGCACAUGGUUUCUGAGAAUUUAGACUUUGCUUGGCCUAAUUUGAUUAGCACAAUGGAAGUGCAUAGCAGAGAGGUUUUGCCACAUGGCUGACUAGAAGCAGAGUAAGAGAGGCAAGGAGGUAGAGAGGGAAGGAGAGAAAAGGAGCAGAGAAAGAGAGACAUAGAAAGAGACAGAGACUCAGAAAGACAGACAAAGACAGGGAGGCAGACAGACAGUCAAAGAGCCAUGAACAAGAUCUGUCUGCUAGUAGUCUACUAAUCUACUUCCUCUACAUAGGUUCUACCUCCCAAAGUUUCCAACAUCUUUGAAAAUAGUGCCACUAGUUGUGGUUCAAGUGCUCGCCACACUUGCCUAUGGUGGAGCAUAAUUCAUAUUUAAACCAUAACAUCCUUUUACAGGCUAAACUAUACCAUUCUUUUACAAGCUAUGGGAGAAAAAUCUUCUAAUCUAGAACUUCGCUCCUAGGUAGGUUGCUCAUGCCUUAGCAUCAUUUAGUAGCAAUGCUCUUGAGAUCCACAGAAACAUGUGGCCCACUGACUUGACAAUUUUAGAGACAAUAGCUUGUCUGUAAUUGUUGACUAAGACUUAAGCAAAUAUAACUCAGACCCUCAGUGCAUCCCAGUAACCUAAUGACAAAAACAGACAGACACAAGAACACCCAGGAACAAUUUCUUAUGUGGGGAAGCCCUUCAAUGGAGUCUGCUAGGAAGACUCUACUGACCCUGAUGCAAUCGUCUGACUUGUUCUGAUCCAUCAAGAGGCAAAGUUGGAGCCUGCAGCUUAGAGGGUUCAUGGCCAAGUGACUUAAUCUGUGUCAAAUAUGAUAGCACAAGUGAGAAAGGACAAAUACCUCUCCAAACCGUUGCUUCUUGGUUCUUUCCUCCUAAGAUUACAUAAGCAUCCUGCUGUGAUGGCUGUAGAGGCAAGGACAAAGUCCUCAUGACCACUGGCGGCACAUUAUUGGGAAGGAAAGCACUCUAUAAAGGGUUAUGCAGAGAAGGGAAGACUCUGAAAAGCCCCUAAAGAUUUUUUUAAGUGCAUAGGAUGGCCUUCAUA